AUGACUACCCAGGUACAAUCCGAGAGCGCCAACCACGGGCCCAAGCUGCGCACAUCGUGUGACAAAUGUCAGCUGUCCAAAGUCCGCUGCAGCCAGAGCGGCAUCGAGUGUGUGUACAGCCCUUUGCGGAAGACGGGACGACCUCCGAAAAACGGCGACAACUCUUCGUCGCAGCAGCGAAAAGCCAGGAGACGAGGAUCAUCCACCACGGUACGAUCAGACUCGCCUCGUGCCGCGCACCAAGCGACUUCCCCGGACAGUGCAGUUCAGUCUUGUCAAUUGUCACAGGAUGGCUUUACCAACGGUGAACAAGAGGCGCGCUCACUGAUACUGAACCAGCAUCAACAAAUGGCGACAUCUUCAGCUGGACCUGCCUUGCACCAAGUGGAAAAUACGACAUCACGAGCUCCAGAAGGACCUGCCUUACUGUCCAUGGCCGCGGCUCAAGUUGAUAUGGACGGGGGCGGCUUUCCCGUUUUGGAUAUGGACAUGGUCUUGGAUAUUGACAUGUGGGCAAUGUCGACUAUGCCAGAGUUGGGGGUGCAUGCUACUCAUGGAGAUAUUGGAUUACCGACAAUUACUGCGUCACAUACUCUGGGGCCGAGUCAUUCCGCGUAUGAGUCGAUGCCGGCACUUUCGGCAACUGCGCUGAGUUCGCAGUAUGGAGCGGGUGCUUAUGAGCCCGAGGCCAAGUCAUGCCUCUUUCCGGUCGAAAGAAGUACCCAUGGCAAUACAACAACAACACAACUGACAACGAUGACAUAUUUAAGCAGCCGACCACCAUCCAGCGGCUUCUCUCGGCACGGCCUUUCCCACCCUGACACGCAGGCGGUGAGGCUCAGGCCCGACGAACACGACAAGCCGAGGUCUUGCUCGCAGGAAGAAACAUGCCACAAGGCCUUGUCAGAGAUGCUCACGAGACUGGGCGACUUUUACAGCUCUAAGCCAGUGGCCAUGCUGCUGGAGGAGCUGCUGCUCAUGGGCCGCGAGCUCCAUGGUAGAGCACAUAUGACGAUGAACUGCCAGCGCUGCAUGCAGAAGCCGAGCAACCAAAACCUGCUCAUGAUGGUCUACAUGGCCAUGGACGGCCUCUUGUCUCUAUUUGAGGAGCUUCAGCAGCAUGACAUGAACCAUGCUAUACGUAGUUCGAAGCAGUUCCAGUGGGCGGAACAGACCAUGGCUGAAGGGGGUUUUGUUGCCGACGACGCGGCCAAGACGGGCACUCUCCGGCGCCUGGUGCUGGAGUACUGUGACAAUGUACUCUCCGUACUUGCAGAGCUCUACAUGGUGGCGUAUAGAAUUAUGCAAGGAGUAAACUCGAUUAUUUAUAAACACAAGGCUGAAGAUAUUUACAAGCGAGCUUAUACUCUGAGCACCAGGCUGCUUUUGACGGCUGGAGCCGGCAAUUCAUGA